CGCUCAGCCGGUACUCCGUAGAUGAUGUUGAUUUCUCUGAGCCUCGAACUCCAAAGUUCUUCCAGGGCCAUGUCAUUCGCAUCUUGCUGCUUGUAUCAGCUUCGGUCAUAGAACGGGUACGGCUACUGAAUAGCUGGCAUACCCUCCUCCCUUAACAACAGUCCGUGCUCCAAUUCCGACCGGAGUACGACACUACCUCCUGCCAUGGAAACCAGCGUUUCUGAGCUAGUUGAGAGGCUAGGAAGCGAUGAAGAUGCGGUGCGCAAGAUGGCUGUUUUCAAGCUUCAGGGAAGCAUUGGAGAUCCUUCAUUCGCCGAUAUCUUCAUUGCGGAAGGGGGACUGGCCAAGUUACGCUACCUGACCAUACAUGCAAGCGGUAACACCUUGGCAUAUAGCCUCACCAGCUUCGCAAGAUUACUAGAAGUUGACAAAGGCUGGGAUCUAGUAGAUCAGGAAGUGGUUGAAAGAGUUGUUGAACUUAUAGUGACGCACCCAUUGGUCAAUAUUCUGAGGGGUGCAAUGUCCAUCUUAGUCUCUACUGUGUCACAUCCCUACACAGGUAAUCACUUAUCACAGGAUGGGAAUUUCGGCUUUCGUGCAUUGAAGCCUGCAAUUGCCAUAUACCCGCAAUUCCUGGAAAUGCUUGUCAAUAGACUUUCAUCUGCAGAUCAUGCACUUUGUGCCAAUGCACUCCAGUUGAUUAACUCUCUGAUGCGUGACUCCAUCACGAAUGAGUUAGAUACAGAGUGGCCAAAGUUCAUACAGAAGCUGCAGGAUCUGGGUGUGAUCAGAGCAGUCUACUCCCUCAUGCAAGGUACUGCCUUGCAGGAUCACAUGCACCCGUUGAUAGAAUUCCAGUCUCUCACCAAAGUUCUCAUCAAAAAAUGGAAAGAGAUAUCGCUAGACUCAGAAAGGCCAGAGCAUAGGAGGGCUCUGAAAGGAAUUUACUUGGCUAGUUCACACGAACGCAGCCAGGACAAGGGAGUCGAGAAUAGCGACGAUGUACGACAUACAAAAAGACACAAUCCAGAAAAAUGGAGGCGUCUUGGUUUUGAAACGGAAAGCCCGUCGACGCAAUUUGAGGAUACAGGUUUCUUGGGGAUGAUGGAUUUGGCAGAUUAUGUCAGAAAUCAUCAAGAUGAAUUCCAGAAAAUGCUUCUGGAACAGUCCACGAAACCUACACAGCAGCGAUGCCCCAUCGCCCGUGCUUCGCUAUCUGUCACUUUGAUUCUGUAUCAGCAUUUUGAGGUGGACAAGUCGGAGAUGGAUGAUGCUAAAGGCUAUCUCCUACUAGAGUCUCGCUCUAAUCUCGAUAUGCUUUUUGAGCCUCUACUGUUGCAUUGGACCAGAUUGCAUGUUGCAGGAUUGCAUGCGUUCUUUCGUCUAUGGAAGGCUACGGGAGCGGAGGUUGAAGAUUACGGAAAGCUUGUUGAGCUUGUUCGCAUCUUGAUUGAAUCUGUUGUUGGCGGAGCACCUCGCACAAAGGAUGUGCAAGAAGUGGAAGAAGAACUGGCAAACUUUGAAUACGGCCGGCUCCGCGAAUUACAAAUGGAGCUAUUGGAGCUCACGUAUGAAGAUGCCUGGGGUCAGCAUUUGCGACAAAUGCGUGAAGAACUGUACCAUGAAGCCCUUCAGUUCGUUAAAGAACAGAGAAUUCGCUGUUUGUUGCAGGGUGCAUGGUUCCCUAACGAGAGUCCGCAUAGUUCAGAGGCAGUGAACGAAAAAUUCUCAUGGAGAUACACUCAACUUUCGCACAAUAGGAGGUUCCUACACUUUGGUGAUUUCAGUGCCGUCGAAGAAAACUGCCCGGAACUUGACGCCCUACCGGAGAAGAUCGACCUUUCAUUGGUGUCUUCAGUAGUGUCAAAUGUCGGUGCUUCAUCCAAGGAUCACACGGUCUCGAGUGCAAAAGACAUGGCCCACGCUAUUUCAUUUACGAAAAUUACUGUCCACGGAUACCCAUCACCUGCGCCCACUAAUGGGGAUACGCGGAAAAAUAAUGGUCAUCGUCGAACCUCGAGCAAAUCUGCGCAUGGGGAAUCUGUGUUGCUGAGUCUUUGUCCACCGUCCCCUAGCGUUGCGUCUGAAUGGCUUGAUGGGUUGCUGAUGCUUCUCAAUCAACAGCCCAUAACGGCAGAGACGAACAAGCUUCUGGAUUCAGUCAGCAACUACGGACUCAAGAUCCGCUUGUUGAAUGUUCGAUUCGAUGAUGUGGCAUUCGCAGGCGAUGCCCCACAGGUUCCUUCCCGAGAUGGCCUUGAUGACAAUUACUACUAUGAUGUUUUUGGUGGCUCAUAGUAACAGUUUUGUCGUCAGAUUGGUUAAAUCAUACAAUAUGUCAAAGGUACGAUAUAAUUAAGAGGUUCUUCAAAUGAUGAUAACACGGCAAAUUUGAGCAUGGCGCAUUGGGGAUCAUUGGCGCAGAGAAUAUUGGCUUGGUUGGAAUCUCUAGUCUCCUGGGAGAUCCAACUGUCAAUAUAACUCACCUAUGAUUAAUGACACAUAUUGAAUAGACUUAUAUAGUAUGUCAAAUAGUUCGGAAGUUAUUCGUGUAGUUUUCCUCCAUCUUCCUCGUUGUGCUUCCUGUACUUUCACCUGUUUGAUUGUCCCAGUUCUACUCUGUAUUUAAUUUUUCUACUCUGUAUUUAAUUUUGAUACCUUGGAGAGGAACAACACCUUUGAGACCGG